AUGUGGAGCAGGAACGUCAGAUUGAUUGGGCCAUGGACAAGGUCCUACAUGGUCCCUGUGGUCAAGAGAAAAACCAUCCCCGUGUACCCACCUGUGCAACGCAUAGCUUCCUCACAGAUUAUGAAACAGGUGGCCCUCUCAGAAAUAGAGUCGUUGGAUCCCGGGGCCGUUAGAAGGAAACUCAUCAGUAAGAAGAACAAGGACCGCUUGAAGGCCGGCGACGUGGUCCGCGUUGUGUACGACUCGUCCAAGUGUUCGUACGAUACCUUUGUCGGCUACAUACUUUCCAUAGACCGCAAACAACUGGCGCAGGAUGCCUCGUUGCUGUUGCGGAACCAAAUAUCCAAGACAGCGGUCGAGAUUAGAGUACCGCUGUUUUCGCCGCUGAUUGAGAGGAUUGACUUGCUAACCCCUCAUGUUUCGACUAGACAGAGAAACAAGCAUUACUACAUCAGAGGUACAAGGCUGGAUGUCGGUGAUCUAGAGGCAGGUUUAAGAAGAAAAAAAUAA